CGAAUGGUGGUCGGUCUAUAAGAUUGGCCUUAUUAUUUGUUAUGCUUCCGCAUUUAUGAACUGGUUUUAUGAUUAUGAACUUGGGGUAUUAUUGCUUUUAUAAUUUAUGAAUAUUGUUGGAACCCGGUUUGGGUGAUUUAUGAAUUUUUGAAAACCCGUUUAAGGAGUUUGCAAUAUUGUUGAUGAUUGGUUUUGACAAUUGGCUUUGGAAAAAUGAGUAACGCCUUAAAUAUGUUUGAAUUAAAUUUUGAAAAAUUUAUUCUGAUUUUUCUGAAAGUCCCGAAUUUUUUUUUAAAAUCAAAGUGGGGCGUUACAAAAUCCAUAUCAAUUGAAUAAAAAUAUAACAGAUUCAGAUCAGUCUUACAGAGGAAUGAGUGUAAAUGGAGAGAGAAAAUGAUGAAAAAGCAAUCGAAAGUGGAGAAUCUGCAAUAGCAUCGUCAUCCAGUUUCAAGCCGAAAAGUGGAAUCACCGAGUCCCAGCUUGCCAAGUUUCAGGAAUUGCAGAAGAGGCGUUUGAAAAUCAAAGCCAAGUCGAAAACACAUGAAAACGACAAAGGAGAUGGAAAAGGCAAACCCCAUAAGAAAGUCGUUGAAGCUCGUGAGUGCAAGGAACCCUGCAAACCAGCUUGGGAUUAUGCAAUUGUUUCAAACUCAGAAGGCAAAACAGUAGAUGUUUCUCCCGAGGAAGGGAGCAAGUCAGCCGGGAACUCAACAAUGAAAAAACGGCAAAAGCUGUAUUGGGGGCUUGACGUAAAGGAAAGGUGGGAACGCAAGUCCAAUAUGUGAAAAUAUCUAAAGUUAUCACCUGUGACUCCUGUUGCCUAGUUUCUCUUACAAGGGGCAGAAAAAAUUGCUAUCAGUGAAGGAUAUGUCUGUCGUGAGCUCAAAAGAUGAUGUUUCUGUUAUGUAGGUUUCUUUGGCUAUGAGAGUUAUCUUUUGUAGGUUUUUGCAUGGAGUUACUUGGAGGUUAUAUGAGAUAAAAUCCUUUAGAGGUUUUUGAAAGGAGUUACUUGGAGGUUAUAUGAGAUAUAAAAUUGAAGAUAGUAGAAGGCAAGAAAAAUAGAUUCGAGAGAGAAAAAAAGACAAGUGGAAAAUACUGAUAUCUAAAUGAUAUAACUGAAGAUCGUAGAAUCAAGAAAACCUGAUCCCAAAUACAAAGACUCCCGGCCCAAGCCCCAGCCGAGGCAGCAUUCUCGUCGAGCACCAGGUGAAUAUAUAUUUGUCGACAGGUACUACUUGUCUCUAUUGCGUCCAUGUGGGGAAUUUUCGUGGCAAGUUUGGGAGAUGAGGCCAGAAAACGGGGAAUGGAGAAAAACGGGCAGUGUUUGCCUCGAGUCUCGGAGGUCCCAGUUCGAGCGACUCGGUUUAACCAAGCCAAUUGGGGUUUUGACACGUCCUUUGUUAUUCAAACUACGAACCGGGUUAGUACCGGUUGGUUGGGUGAAGUACAUGGAGUUGUUGGCCUUGAGUGCUUUGCAUGCCAUCCCAAGCACCAUUUUUAUCUUCAAUCUUGUGACGGGCGAAUUUGAUGAAAUAGAGUUACCUACCUAUCGUGCACAUUACACGAUUAUGUUGCAUAAGAGCAGUUUGGCUUGGCUUGGUUGUGUGGAUAAAGAUAGAUAGCAUCGACGAGAGAUCUGUCUCAUCUAUUAAGUUAAGUAGACGUUUCUAUGCAAGUGUUCUCAGUUCGUGAUCUCUAUGUUUGUGUGGUUUGUCUAUAUUUGUUUCAUAACAGAAUUGAUUGGUGUUUACAAGAUGAGACUUAAACAAUAUGGUAUUGGAAUUUUGUUGUGUUUUCACAAGGAUUGCAGCUUGCAAGCUAUUA